AUGCCUCAGAUCUUCUAUUUCACCAAAAUCAAACAAGCCAUUUUCAACUUAAUUCCAGUUUGGCCAAUCGUGGUUGGAUUGGUACUAGGCAUCCUACUUCUUACCUUUUUAGUCCUCCUUCUCUAUCGGUUCGGCUUCUUUAGAAGACGAAAACACAAAUUAGCUGUCUCAGGUCGUCGUAGAUGGCAUGAAAAUAUGGAAAACGAGGCAAAUAAACGCGAUGCCGACGGACCAAACGGCAUUGAUGGGGAUCUCGACACUUUUGGUAGCAUUCGAUUUGCCGAAGAGGCGAGAAGGCGUAGAUUGAGGUUAAGAAAACAUCCCGAAGUAGUCAGCAUUUUGCAUCCCGAUGAAAUUCAGAAAGAGACUGAAGUGCAAGGUCAAGACAAUCCCGUAGCCGAAAUUGAACCCCCCACGUUACACGAAGAAAAUGGCAACGCGGAUGCCAUAUCCCCAGCCCCACCUCAACAACAACAACCCUUACUAGAAUCCAUUACUAAUGACAAACCUGCUGCCGAUACGAUGAAGGUGGCGGGAGAUUAA